CAAUCUGCAUGCCAGUAACAAAAGGCUAAGAAGUGACUAAAACAACAUUUUUGAGGGAGAUUUGUCUUCAAAAGUCAUCAUCCCUCCUACCCUCCCUCCUUCUAUCUACACCCUCCUUAGUUUUCUAAAGCCUGAAUAAGCGCCGCCACCGUCAGACAGACGCACAGGUGAGACUGUCUGCAGGUAUAAAGAGCAGCUGGCAGCGGGCGGGACAGAGCAGGCUGUGUUGGUGGAGACACUUUACUCGUCCCGGGACACUGCACAGGAAUUACAGUGUGUCUGGAGCCUUGCUGACACGCAAUAAAAGUACAGCAUCCUACACCAGAACCAACUAUUUAUAACAUCUGGAGCAACAUGAGAGAAUGCAUCUCUAUCCAUGUGGGCCAGGCAGGGGUCCAGACAGGAAACGCCUGCUGGGAGCUCUUCUGCCUUGAGCACGGCGUCGGUCCUGAUGGCGUCUUCCUGGACGGUCCUGCAGAACCGAACUCACGAGAAGAUCCAUUCAACACUUUCUUCAAUACUGGGAGCUCCGGGCGUCAUGUUCCACGGGCCAUAUAUGUAGACCUGGAGCCCACAGUGGUUGGCGAGUAGUCCUGUAUAUGUUUAUUUUUACUCUCCUUAUCUUUGUUUUUUUAUUACUGUUCCCAUCGUCCUAUUAUGUGUGGUUGUAUGCGUCCAGUGUGAGUGUAUCUCCAUCCUCAUGGGUCCUGCAGGUAACUGCUGAUGUGAACACUGGUAUCCAGGCAACAAGUGCAGUGGUGGCUCUUUUACCUUUCAUUCGAUCCUGGCUAACAUUUACAGAGGUGUAUUGUAUGAAUAGUAACUUGCAUGAAUUGAUUUUAGCCAGAUAAAAACCUUUUUCAAUAUGCCCCUUCAAUGUCUGCUUAGUGUAAAAAAAGAUAUAAAGCUUUAUACUUUAUAUACACGUUUAACCAUUUAUUUAUUUUCAAUUUUUUCUAAGCAACACAUUCCUUUUUCCUAAGGCUUACAUGACAAUGAUAUGGGCAUGAUUUUUUAUCAUUAUUUAUAAUUGUACUUUUGACUUAUCUAAUAACCUCUCACUACAUUUUGACAGUUUCAGGGCUCCAUAUCAUAUCACACAUACAGCAAAUUAUUCAUUAUUCAAAUUCAACACCUGAUUUUUAUGCCUUAACACUUCCAUUACAUGUAAAAUUCCACAUAUUGUGUGCAUCAUUUUACACACAAUUCCCUAUAAGUCAGUCUGGUUUUAAGUUGGUAUUUCUGGGAAAUGGAAAAUAAUAGUUUAUAAGGUUGGGCAUGUCUGUUUUAGUGCAAAACCUCCACAUUUGGAGCUGACCUGGUCUGUUAAGUUAAACCAAGCUGCAGUUGAUCUGUAACGACCCCUCUGAAUAAAAUCUUUCAUUUUAGAUGAAGUGAGGGUUGGAAAGUACAAAGAGCUCUUCCACCCUGAGCAGCUGAUCUCUGGAAAGGAGGACGCAGCCAACAACUACGCUCGUGGCCAUUACACUGUCGGGAAAGAAAUCAUUGAUGGAGUCAUGGAGCGCGUCCGUAAAAUGACGGACCAGUGCUCAGGCCUGCAGGGGUUCCUCGUCUUUCACAGUUUUGGAGGUGGCACCGGCUCUGGCUUCACCUCUCUGCUGAUGGAGCGUCUCUCUGUCGACUACGGCAAGAAAUCCAAGUUGGAGUUUGCUGUCUACCCAGCUCCCCAUGUUUCCACAGCUGUGGUGGAGCCCUACAAUGCCAUCCUGACCACCCACACCACCUUAGAGCACUCUGACUGCGCCUUCAUGGUGGACAACGAGGCCAUCUAUGACAUAUGUCACCGCAACAUGGACAUUGAGAGUCCCGGCUACAUCAACCUCAACAGAUUGAUCGGACAGAUCGUUUCCUCCAUCACUGCCUCCCUUCGUUUCGAUGGUGCCCUGAAUGUCGACCUGAUGGAGUUCCAGACCAACCUGGUGCCAUUCCCGCGUAUCCACUUCCCUCUGGUUACUUACGCGCCCAUCAUCUCCGCUGAGAAGGCCUACCACGAGCAGCUGACUGUGUCCGAGAUCACAAGCGCCUGCUUUGAGCCGACCAAUCAGAUGGUCAAGUGUGAUCCUCGCCAUGGCAAGUACAUGGCGUGCUGCAUGCUGUACCGAGGCGACGUCGUCCCUAAGGAUGUAAACGCUGCCAUUGCAAAUAUAAAAACCAGACGCUCCAUUCAGUUUGUUGACUGGUGCCCCACUGGUUUCAAGGUGGGCAUUAAUUACCAGCCUCCAACUGCUGUUCCAGAUGGAGACCUGGCUAAAGUCCAGAGGGCCGUGUGCAUGCUGAGCAACACCACUGCCAUUGCAGAGGCCUGGUCUCGCCUCGACCACAAGUUCGACCUCAUGUAUGCUAAGCGUGCGUUCGUCCACUGGUAUGUGGGUGAAGGCAUGGAGGAGGGAGAGUUUGCAGAGGCCAGAGAGGACCUGGCCUGUCUGGAAAAGGAUUACGAGGAGCUGGGUCAAAUGAGUCCCGACUCUGACGAUGAGGGUCAAGAAUACUGAGCUUUGUGAGGCUUUGAGCUGGGAUGGCUGCACAGCAACGAUUUUAUCCUGUAAUGAGUCAAUAUUUUAGUGUGUAUCUUUUAAGCUAAAGAGUUAAACAAACUGAUGGUCUUUCUCGCUGCCUUGGUUUUAUAAUGUCAGCUUUGGAAGAAGAAGACAAGCUACUCUAAGUGGUAUUUGAAUUGUGCUUUGAAAUAAACUGUCUUUUCAUAUUCUGAAACAAAUCCAGCUGCAUGUCACUCCUCUCCCUCUCUUCAUAUUUCCUGUCUGCCUCACAGUAUAGACUACUGAAUAAAGUCAAACCUGCCCAAUUGCCUUAAGACGAACGUGCUAGCAAGCUAAUAAUAGCCUUUUAAUAAAAUAAUGAGGUAAAAUGAAAACAUUCUGAAAUACAGGCUUCACCCUUGUGUUUUGUUCGUAUUUACUUCUCAUUGUUCGGGGUCUGCAUGGUGACAUGAUAAAUGGUUUCUGAUCAAUUACACCCCGAUAACAGAUUUCUAAGUAGACUUAUUUGGGAGAGUUUGCGUAGUGUAAAAUCUACUGUUAACAAGAUUCAUAAAUAUUGAGCAUCCACUGUAUUUUACAGCUGGGGUUUUGAGACCCUAAGCAAAAGUAAUGCAUAAUUUUCUGUAGCUGACUUUUGAGACAUAUCUUCAGUUCAAAACCAACACAUGUUCUCUGAGCUGUUAACCAUGGCCCCAAACAGAGCAUUACAGGGUUACAUAAUUAGUACCUUAUCUCAUUGAUUAAAUUAAGUAAGUAUGGACACACCCAUCUUUUCCUGUCAAGAUUACACACACAUGCCAGGUGUUGAUAUGGUUAGGUUAAAGAAAAAAAUCUAAUUUUUUCACAUAGAUAUAUAUUUAUACAUAUAUUUUGGAGUCUGCAAUUUGUGGUGCUGUUGAACUGUGCUGCAUUGUACUAUAUUAUUCUGUGAACCCCAUUUAUUUCAAUGAGGUUGGGCUAAAAAACUGAAACACCUCUCUAUAUAAUGCAACACAGUUCAACAGCACCACCAACUGCAUCCUUAAAAAUGACCAUGGAAUUGAAUCAACACCUCUCUGCAUCAAUAUCAAUAAAAACUGAACAUUAUAACCUUCAUGAAGCUUUAUUGCAGGACUGUUGUAUCAAGCUGCAUUAGUUUUAGUUAGGUGUGCAUAAGAAACUGCCAGUAUUUAGUAAUCCCCCCUUUGGCGGAUUUCACAGCUUGCAAAUGCUCGUUGUAGCCAGCUCAGUCCCUCGUUUCUUGUUUAAGGUAUUUUCACCCACCCAGAGCUUCAGCUUGUGUUUCUUGAAGUAGUUCAUGGUGGAUUUUGAGGUCUGCUUCGCAUCAUUGUCUUGAUGUAAAGCCAGUAUUAUUUCACUUUCACUGUCUUUGCAUAUGCAUUUAAUGACAUGAACAACACUUAUUGUUUAUUACCUUUUGUACUGACUUCAUACAAACUGCAAUAAACAGAUUGAAGUAAACAGAAAAAUAUAUACAUAAAUAUUUGAUGAGCAUCCUUUGCCUUUAAAACAGCCCCACUUCUCCUCAGUACACACAGUUGUUGUUUUUUUU